ACGGAGAGCGGGUGGAGAAGAUGUUGGAUUUUCUGCAGGAUGCUGGGAGGACUGGUUUUCAGACCCUCCAGAGUCUCACAGAUGAAGAUGUUUGCGCCAUAUGGGCUUCCGUCUCUGAGUUCGUUGAGCACCAGAUGUCUCUGCAGAAGGGGGUGCAGAUCCCAGGACUGGGGACAUUUACUCUCUCCAGACAGAAAUUAGAUGUCGGCAACAACAAGUUUAUCAUCAUACAGCGUCCAGUCUUCCUUCUGUCAGAAAAACUUGCUCAAGUUCAUGGCUUGAAGUUCAACAAAGUGUUCACAACAGGUGACAUUCCAAUCGUCCCUCUUAAUUUCAUCGCCCUGUCAUUCGCCUGCCCCUACAACAGGGACACCAUCGAGGCUUGCGUCAGGGAGACCCUCAGUGCUUUUUCACGAUCAAUUGCUACUAAACAAAAUGUGGAGUUUACCUUCAGGAGCAUCGGGGCUCUUAUCAUUCGAGAUCUGAAAGUUAAGAUGAAGUUUUAUAAAGAGUUUGUGAAUAGUAUGGACGGAACAGGAGCGGUGGUGAAAUCCCUCUGUAAUAGGCCGGGGACAGCUGAUUCUGUCAUGUCCUCAGGGGAAGACCACAUGCUGCGCCCUCGAUCUUGCAGUGCUCUUCUGUUCCCUAGAAUCGACAUGAAAGGAACAGAAAAAUCCACAGGUAUGGAGACCAUCCCGGAGGAAAAUGGAGAGGUGGGGAGCGUGGAGGAACCAAAGUGUGACCUGCAACCAGACCGAGAAGAAGAGACCGACAAAGAGGAGCCGUUCUCCAGCAGAAGAGAGAACUCCGCUACCAAACGCUUGCUGAACAGACAGUACAUUGUGCCUGCCACAGUUACCGCCAUCAGCCUGAACGAAGACAAAAUCCCAAAGCCAAAAACUGCUCCAGAAAGAUUGGGAUCUCCAGCUUCUAUGAAUAUUCCAAGAGCGGACCCUGAAGUCAACCAAACUAAUGUGCUACAGAUAAGGCCACCCCCUGCGUGCCUGGACCACUGUCGAGCAGGGCAGGAAUUGUGCUACCUGUGCCUACAGCGUGCCCAGAAAAACAUCCCAGUGUAUUUUACGGAAGAGCGGAAACUGCGAGAAAGGGAAGAGGAGCGGGUCCUACAGCAGUAUCAGCACAUGAAGGACCAGGAGGCCAUACUCAAGUCCCAGUUGGAAGCUCAUGUGAAUCGAGAAGAGAGAGAGAAAGAUGCUGCAUACAACAAGGGUGUGGCAGAGGCCAUCAGGAACGGGCGGAACGCCAGAAGCACAGAGUUCUAUAGAUCGUACAUUUUCCAGAAAAGGCCGCUGACCCCUCCAGCUUUACUAAAGCAAGAGCAGUACUACCAGUCGCUGACUAAGCAGAUGGCAGACAGAAGAGGCAAAGAAGUGAAGGAGAAGCAGGACCAGGACUUGCUGGCCCGACUCGAACACGUUCAGCUGGCAGAAGAGUUGGCCGCUCAGAGGGCAAAGUUUUUAAGAGCGAAAACGGAACAGAUUCAUUCCUACAAAAACGCCCUGGACACCCAGGUGAAAAUAAAGCCCAGUUUUGCUCUACCACCUGCGUCGGAGGCCGCAGAACCAGUUUUUGGCCGUAAUGAUAUGACCAAUGAUAAACUGGUGGAGAGGAAGAGGAGGGCGCAGGAGGUGUAUAAACAUCAGCUGCAAGCUGCAGCAGAACGCAAGCGCCUCACCAUACUGAACGACCUGGUGCGGCAGAGGAAGGAAGCGGACAUGUUACAGCGCUCAAAAGAACUGUUUCUGUCAGAUAGAGCAGUGCAGUUUGGGAAGAUUCACAGAUUACAUAAGACUUUACAGGAAGACUGGACAAGGAGCUCAGAAAUAAAGAGACAGAAGGAGCAUAAAGAAGAACUCUACAUGCAGGCUGGCAGCGAGCUCCUCCUAGAUCAGUGUGACAAGUACCGCCGCUGCUUCCAGUGUAAGAGGCGCACGUCCAACUGCGGUGAGACCAACGUGUGGUGCGAGUCCAGAUACAUCCCUGGGUCCCGGCUGAUGGUUUGAUCGCAUCCUCCAGGAAACAUGAUUUUUAGCGGUGACGAGGGUCCACAGCCUCAUUAGAGUUUAUUACAAGACUUGAAAUAAAAACAAAAAAACCCGUCCUACCUCCGUCUCUGGUGGCACCAGGAGUCAAUACAAUGAAUUGGCGCUGCAGCGGCACUGAUGGCAGAUUAGUCCUUUCACAGGAAAAUGGUGUGAAAUCCAA